AAUGUACAUUCGUUUAAUUUGAAAUCAAUUUAUCUAAAAGGAAAUCAUUGAACACCGUUCGAAAAAGUCUAAAGAUUCCAAUUCAGCAAAUAUUUUCGUUAAAAUUUCGAAAAGAAAUUUUAAAAAUGAAAACAAAUGUGCUUAAUCGAACCUGCAACUUCAGUCAUCAUCUGAAAAGAGAUACAGACACCAGCGAUAUUCGAACCGCAGAUCAGAAAAAGUUUCCCUCCUGAAGACCCAGAUCAGCUGACUGAUGAGAAACUUAAAAACGCAUCAAACCAAAACGGCAAGGAUUCAACAUUCUUUUGGUUCGAGAAUGAAGGAAUGCCAAUCUCUCGCAGCAGACGCUACUCACAGCUGAAUGAUGAGAAACUUAAAAACGCAUCAAACCAAAACGACAAGAAUUCAACACUCUUUUGGUUUGAGAACGAAGGAAUCCCACCCUGUCGCAGCAGACGCCAUUCACAGCUUCAUCGCGACGCAGCGGCGCAUCAACACCAUCUGAAUGCAGUAACCGCCCAGCAUGUGGACAAGAAGAUUAAUCCCCAACACGCGUCCAUCUUUAUCCCAACUUCUGUACCAGUGGAUGAAGUUCUGCCUUUUGUGGCCAUCGACAUCGAUGUUGAAGACAAUGGAGACCAAGUAGGUGAAGUUCUGCCUUUUGUGGCCAUCGACAUCGAUGUUGAAGACAAUGGAGACCAAACGGAUGAGAAAUCUGCAAACCAAUUGCCACCAGUUGACAAGGUUAAUCCCUAUCGAUUGGUUAAGGCCAGCGGUGUUAAAUCCUCCCCUAGGCCGGUCUACCCGAUUGUAACGGGAUUUCCACCACCAAUACCUGAAGAGUACCAGGACCGAACUUGGCCCAUCCAAGAAGGACGUGAACAUGUGUCCAUCUUUGUCCCAACUGUUGUACCAGUAGGUGAAGUUCUGCCUUUUGUGGCCAUCGACAUCGAUGUUGAAGACAAUGGAGACCAAGUAGGUGAAGUUCUGCCUUUUGUGGCCAUCGACAUCGAUGUUGAAGACAAUGGAGACCAAACGGAUGAGAAAUCUGCAAAUCAAUUGCCACCAGUUGACAAGGUUAAUCCCUAUCGAUUGGUUAAGGCCAACGGUGUUAAAUCCUCACCGAGACCGGUCUACCCGAUGGUAACGGGAUUUCCACCACCCAUACCUCAAGAGUACCAGGAACGAAACUGGCCCAGCCAAGAAAGAAGUGAACGCGUAUCCAUCUUUGUCCCAACUGUUGUACCAGUAGGUGAAGUUCUGCCUUUUGUGGCCAUCGACAUCGAUGUUGAAGACAAUGGAGACCAAGUAGGUGAAGUACUGCCUUUUGUGGCCAUCGACAUCGAUGUUGAAGACAAUGAAGACCAAGUAGGUGAAGUUCUGCCUUUUGUGGCCAUCGACAUCGAUGUUGAAGACAAUGAAGACCAAACGGAUGAGAAAUCUGCAAACCAAUUGCCACCAGUUGACAAGGUUAAUCCCUAUCGAUUGGUUAAGGCCAGCGGUGUUAAAUCCUCACCGAGACCGGUCUACCCGAUGGUAACGGGAUUUCCACCACCAAUACCUGAAGAGUACCAGGACCGAAGCUGGCCUAGCCACGAAGGAAGUGAACAUGUGUCCAUCUUUGUCCCAACUGUUGUACCAGUAGGUGAAGUACUGCCUUUUGUGGCCAUCGACAUCGAUGUUGAUGACAAUGAAGACCAAACGUUUGAGCAAUCUGCAAACCAACACCACCCGGCUGUCACGGGAUUUCCAACAUCGAUACUUAGCCUAGACGGAAAUGAAUUCAUGACUGUCUUCAUCCCAACUUUUGUAUCGGUAGAAGAAAUUCCUCCUUCUGUGGCAUUCGAUGAACAACCUGCAUCUGGGCAAUGCGAUCAAAGACACCUGGACAAUUGCCAAGACCUACCUUCUUCUCGAUCAACCACUAAGUCGCCACCGCAGUGCCAAGUAGUAACUAGAAUUAUCGACGCCGAAGAGAGUGUCAACUGGCCAGGGAUACCGGACCUGUGCCUAGAAGACUGGCCUAUAACAAUACAACAGCCUUCAUUGAAACGAAUACUUGGCUUGGAAACGUGGUCCGACAUUUUUUUUUAACUUUAAUGUUCGCUCGAACUGAACCAUCGCUCUUUCCGUGUAGCAAUCCAAAGGGACUGGUCUGCUAACCCGCUAAAGGUGUUGUUCAUCGCCGCGAAUAGGGGGACUUGCCUUACUUUUCUGCUUCACUUGCCUUCUUCACGGCGCAGCUUGAAUGCAUGUGUUGGGAUGUCAGUAUUGCACUUAUACUCGUUAAAAGUGCUUGCUGGUAUCUCGACGCUUGCUUCCGCUAGUCUGAAGAAGAUCAAAUGAUGGCAGAAAAUGUAUAGGUUGUCUCACUGUUCGCGGCAAUGAUUCACCUACCUUUACGGGGGAUUCUAUCCUUAAAAUAGUUGUUCGGUUCCUAA